AUGGCUUUUGAAACUAUUUUAUACAUUACAUUACACAGACUAAUAGGUCUGUAUUCAGUAACUUUUUUGGGGUUCACGGUUUUAGGGAUCAAGGCUAAGAACAAGAUAUUUUGGGGGCUAGCCAAGAAGGGUCUCUUCACGGUCAGAAGUGCAUAUUUCUUGCACUUGGAAUUAAAAGAAAGAAGCAAAGGGGAGAGUUCAUCAAAGAAGAAAGUAGGUGACAUAUGGAAGAACAUUUGGGACCUUGAGGUACCAGGUGUGACAAAGCUUUUCUUAUGGAAAGUUGCAAACAAUUUGCUGCCAACAAAAGUAUACAUGUACAAAAGGAAGAUUACAAUUGACAAGAGAUGCCCUAUAUGCAAUGUAGAAGAAGAGACUCUUAUACAUGUUCUGUGGGAGUGUCCUGCAACAAAUGAUUUAUGGGGUAAUGAUGCAAGCUUUGUCAAGAAAUGGACAAGAUCAGAGGUGGAUUUCCUUAAACUUUGGGAGCAACUCAGAUGCAAACUCAACAAGAACCAGCUAGAAGAGGUGGCAGUGAUGCUAAGGAAGCUCUGGCUCAGGAGGAAUGAAUGGAUCUUUGCAAAGAGAUGGGAUUGCCCCAGGAAUUCAUUCAUUGCCAUGAGAGCAGCCUUGCAAGAAUUUCAGGAGGCACAAGCUCUAGCUCAUCAAAGCUAG